AUUGUGUCUGAGGAUAUUUUAGCCUGUCAUUUCUCGACCUCCUUUCAAACUCCUCUUCCUCUCUCCUUCCUCCUUCCUUCUGGGUUUUAGCUUCGCCCCAAGAGAAAGGAAAAAAAACUCAAUCCUCUUCCUCUCCUUGCGCCUUUAACUCAACCAAAAGCUUGAACAACUUCGAAGCGGAAUCGUUAGGCCUCGUUUUUACGACCACAAAGAAACGUACAAAAUUAAAAUUUUAUUUAUAGAUUCCAUGAUUCGGUUAGUUGUCUUUCCAUACUUUUGGUGAUUUUGAAAUAGAGAAAACGGUAUUGUUCUGGAUUGAUGAUGUGUGCGGCGACGGCAACAGGAGAUUGGGGGGCAAGAGGGAUUGUGGGAAAAAUAGGAGGAGGAUUUAGCCACGAGAGUGAACAUGAUUUGGCUCUCAUGGUUAGCGAUUUUCUCGAGAACGGCUGUAGCUCCGGUGCCGAUUCCAGGUGUAGCAGCGAUAGCGAUUCUGGUCUCUCUGAUCUUCACCACCUUGGCGACAAGAUUUCGUUUUACAAGCGCACUGUAGCCCAGUAUGAGAGUGACUUGUUGUCCAUAGUUCAUUCUCUUGUGCAAUUGAUCAAGGAGUCAGACCUUCAUCAUGUCAAGUCAGGUCCUUGUAACGCAAGCUGCAUCAAUUUUUCUCUUGUGAAACUGCUGAGACUUUCAGGAUAUGAUGCUGCUGUUUGUGCAUCCAAGUGGCAGGGUAGUGGCAAGGUGCCAAGAGGGGAUCAUGAAUAUAUUGACGUGGUCAACUGCAUCAAUGCUGGAAGCUCUGAGCGUGUUAUCAUUGAUGUUGACUUCCGAAGCCACUUUGAAAUAGCCAGAGCUGUGGACUCUUAUGAUAGAAUAUUGAAGUCGCUUCCAGUCAUCUAUGUAGGCUCCUUGACCAGGUUAAAACAGUAUCUUCAAGUCAUGGCCGAUGCAGCUAGAUCUUCUCUCAAGCAAAAUUCGAUGCCUCUUCCACCUUGGAGGUCUCUGGCUUAUUUGCAAGCAAAAUGGCACUCACCGUACCAGAGACAGUUUGAUCCAGGUGAACAGAAUUUUAGCAGUGGCGAUUCUUCGGACCAUAAGCAGUGCAGUGGACAUUUAAAGAGUCUGCCGUCCUCACUUCAAUUUGAAAUGGAAGGAGAACGAUUCGUGAAGCCUAUUAAAAGUGAUAAUAACUGGAGGGUGAAGUUUGAGAGGCGGAGACACUCCUUAUUCAGGGCUCUUUGAAGUGUAUAGAGUUUUGUCCGAGAAAUGCAAAUUCUUUUCCUUUUCUGAGAGAGUAAUUGUAUUGCGGCUUUCUUUCUUUUUCUUUGUUCCAUCGGAUAAAUGAGUGUAUACCAAAAUGAAGAGCCAUUUCGUAUAAGGGGACACAAAUGAAAAUUACACGCCAUUUUGCCGAACAUAUCUUCAUUUUCCUGUUUCAUCUCAAGCUGGGAGAUCAAACAUCGAUUUUGAUUUUUCGUUCAUUUGCAUCAAGUGACAGUAUCUUGUUUUUGGGCGCUAGAUUCCUCAUGGCAGCAACUUCAGCCAAAUACAAAGUACUAUCUUCAACAAGGUGCAUCUUUACAUAGAUUGCUGUUUUGUUUUUGUUUUUUUUUUUUUUUUGUCUUGAAUACAUUCCUUGCCUUUUUUUUUUUAUGGCCAGGGAAUUUUUGUUACUUUUUCCCUAUGAAUAUGUAUUUGUGCUGAAAAAAUCCGAGUUAUGCUACGAAUUAAUAUAUUUUUGCUUCAGAUGUUUA